AAAAAUAAAUCAUGGAGUUAACAAAAUGUUUACUAUUCUUACCCAUAUUUCUGAUGGCUAUGACAGACACUUCAGCAUCAGAAGUUAAUAUGAAAUCUCAGUCAUCUAAAUUUCUUUCCAAAUUGAUGGGAAUGAAAAAACUAAAUCCAAAAUCAAAAAAUCAGCGAAAAUCUGGCAGACUACCCAAAAUGGGAUUCUUUGGUGGUAGUUCUUUUUCGUCAAUGAUGGACGAUGAUACAGUUCAAUUUGCUAGUCCAAGGCAAGAUUUCUCAGAUCUAUUUAGCAGCUCAUCGAGAGCCAGUCCAAGGCAAGAUUUUUCCGAUCUACUAAGCAGUUCAUCAAAAUUACAAAGUGUUGAUAACUCACCAGUUUACUAUGUUCGUUUGCCACCGACACCUUAUAUGUACACUCCAGGUUUGGGUUACAUUUCGCAACCUUCACAAUCCUUAACGCCAUACCAUGGAAGUUCUUUAAAUCAAUUUAUGAGUCUGCCCAUUAAUUUCUUAUCGAAUGGACAGCCUAAUGGAGCUUAUGACUUCAGCAUGCCCGAAUUGAUGUCGAGUGCAUUUCCAGGUAAAGGAUUUCUACGCCAAGAACCACCUGUCUUUGGUAGAAAGUCAUUUGUUGAAGAUUCAGGAUUUGCUACAUCGUUGAAGGGACGAUUUGAUUUUAAUGGACGUCCUGAUAGUGUAUACGUUCUGCCAGAAAGUUCAUACUUUCACGGUAGUAUGUUUAAGUGAUUAAUUUAAUAAUCUUAUUUUUAUAAGCGUGUGAGUGGAUUUUGUUUUAAUUUGUUAGUUUUAAUUUAUUUAUUGAACUUUUUGAAUAAAAUUAUUUGUUUCUAUGAA